AUGUCUACUUACGACCAGGUGGAAAUUGAGGACAUGACAUUCGAUCCAGAUACGCAGAUUUUUUCGUAUCCUUGCCCUUGUGGUGACAAAUUCCAAAUCUUCAUCGAUGACAUGUUUGAUGGCGAGGAUGUUGCCGUCUGUCCCAGCUGUUCGCUCAUGAUUCAGGUUAUCUUCGAAAAGGAAGACCUUGUCUGCUACUAUGAUGAAGCAGGUGCCCAACCUCCAGAACCUAUUGCGGUCGCAGCCUAA